AAUCCACCAAUCGUCAGCUCAACCUGUGGAGCAGGGAGUGUCCAAGAACUUGGAGGCCUCAAAACUUACGUCACUGGGUCACAAGAUUCCAAGCUUGCCGUCCUUUUAGUGUCUGAUGGUUUCGGGUAUGAAGCUCCGAAUUUGAGGAAGCUUGCAGACAAAGUUGCAGCUGCUGGAUUCUUGGUGGUUGUCCCUGAUUUCUUUUAUGGUGAACCUUUUGAUUUCAAUAAUCCACAUCUGGAUCGAGAUUCAUGGAAAAAGGCUCAUAGCAUGGACAAAGGAUUUGAAGAUGCCAAGACAGUAGUUGCUGCUUUGAGAAGCAAAGGAGUGUCCUGUAUAGGAGCUGCAGGCUUUUGCUGGGGUGGUGUGGUAGUCACAAAAUUAGCACAGUCUGAUGACAUUAAGGCUGCGGUUGUAUUGCAUCCUGCCCACCUAACAGUGGAAGAUAUAAAUGAUGUCAAGACUCCAACUGUGAUAUUGGGAGCUGAGAUUGACAGUACUUCCCCACCAGAACAACUAAAGCAUUUUGGGGAGAUUUUAUCCAGAAAAACUGAAGUUGAUAGCUUUGUGAAGAUAUUUCCUGGUGUUGCUCAUGGAUGGACAAUGAGGUACAAAGAUGGUGAUGAAUCAGCUGUCAAGUGUGCUGAAGAGGCUCAUGGGGACAUGUUAAAUUGGUUUACCAAGAAAAUAGUUGAUCACCAUGACUUGGAUGACUUGUAUUUGGAUCCAAUCCAUGUUAUCCUUUUGAUUCAAUCCCGUCACCCCCAUUUCACUCAACCUGUGGCUUCUUGGAUGGUUGAUCAACCAGUGCCAAACAGCCACAAUUCUCCCAGGUUCGUCGGGAUUGCAAAAUUUGAAAUUUGA